AUGGUUUUUUUCGAGCCUGAUGGCAAAGGCUGGCUCACUAUCAAGUGUUUGCUAGCAAUAUUGGAUCCCAUAGCAGCAACGUCAGAGCUUCUUGGUGGCCAAGGCUACCCUACUCUUGCUCUAGCAUAUCCGUGUCUUCGGCAGAUUCAAAGGACACUUGAACGAGACGAUUUGUUCGAUGAGGAGACUUCGCGCGUUCGGAGCGCUUCGUACAAGAACGCUGUGCUUGAUCUCAUGACAAACGUACGGCUAGCUUUUUCGGACCUCUUUCGAAAGCGCUUCGAAGAUAUUCCUGCAGAGCUCCUAUGGAUUUCUUAUCUGGACCCGAGACUGACCAACAUGGAGGGUCUUAGCAGGGAAGAAGCGAGACGUAUUCGAACACAUUGUACAGCCGAAGUGUACCGCUAUUUGGACGAGGUGGAGGAUGUUACAUUUGAUGUCGAUCCUUUGGAGUGGUGGAGAACACCGUGCGUCGCUACCUCAGUACCAGCAGAACGUGCUUUUUCUUCAGCCGGAAAUACGGUAACAGCCAAGUGCAGCUCUCUCGAUCCAUCGUUGGUGCGCGAUCUUCUCUUCAUUCACGACAAUUUUGUAUACCCCGAGUAG